CGUAUAUAAGGGGCUGUCUGCCUCAUCCCCCUCACCAGUCAUCCUACCCAGGCUUCUUCAUCUUCCAGUGGACCAGAGCGCCUGCACUCCUCCUCACACUCUGCACCAUGUCCGUCAUGAAGACAGGAGAGAACACCUCCACCCUGGAGACGGCCAUGCAGCUGAUGAUCCAGACCUUCCACAAGUACUCCGGUGACGAGGGGGACAAGUACACACUGAGCAGAGCGGAGCUCAAGGAGAUGCUCACCACAGAGCUGGGGAACUAUCUGGGGAAUGCCCAGGACAAGGAGGCGGUGGACAAGGUGAUGGGAGACCUGGACUCCAACGGAGACGGGGAGGUGGACUUCACUGAGUUCAUCAUCCUGGUGGGGGCCCUCACCGUCGCCUGCAACGACUUCUUCCUGGAGUUCAACGAAAAGCAGGAGAAGACGAAGUGAAGCCCUUCCCCACUCCCACACACCCAGCCCCCCCCCUAGCACUCCCCGCCCUGCACUGACACGUGCACGACACACGCGCACACACUCCAAGGAAGACCCACACACAACCUCACACACAAACACACACAGGACUCUGCCGGCGUCAGCUUUACACCUCAUGAGCCCUGCUGCGUGAAGACUCCGCCCCUUCUGGGGAUUCUUAGCACAUGAGCGCAUACACUCGCCUGUCAUUGGUCACUCGUGUCCGGAGUGUUAGGGCAUGUGUGCCACCAUGUGUGACAGCCCCAUCGGUCUUGCAAUUCAAAUUGGUUCUGUUCUGCAGUGCAAAAGUCUAAAUGAUCAGUAUUUGUGACAACAUUAACAUCAGUGCUCAUGAAUAUGUGAUUGUGUGGAUCUCCGUUGAAUCAUUUUGUAGACAUUUGUAAAACAAUACAUUUUGAAGCAUGCUCCUCCUGGUUAGAAUAAAUAUAAUUUGAUGAAACUUGAAGCAUUCACAUUGUGUGCAAUACAUUGUGUUUUAAAUUU